UAGUCUAGAGGAAUUUAAUCCUUUUUUUCCCCCUGGUUAUUGCAGGGCUUUCAGCAGAAAUUCUCCUUCCAUAGUAAAGAGAUUGUGGCCAUCAGUUGUUCCUGGUGCAAGCUGGCAGUAAGUGGAAAAUACUUCAGGAGACUGUGUCUGGGUUUAACUGGGAGUAACUGUGGGAUUCUUUUUUUUUUUUGUUUGUUGGUUGGGUGCUUUUGUUUGUCUUGGUUUGUUUUUGUUUAUAUUUUUAUUUUUUUUUUCUAAGAAGGCAUGGCUUAGGAAGAUAAUCUUUACUUACAUGUCCUAAAUCUCCAUGCUUUGAAGGACUUGAAGAUGGUGGAGUUAGGAAUAUUCCUCCAGUUGUUGUACCAUCACCCUCUUCUUCUCCAGGUUUUCCAUUUGUCUUUCUUGUCCUCUUUCUUAACUCUGCUCUUUCCCUCUAUUCCAGUUUCAUAACAAAGUCACCUGUUUCAUGCUGCAUCACAUUGAGGAGCCAUGUUCCCUGGGGGCUCAUGCUGCUGUCAUUGUGCCUCCCACCUGGAUCAUUAAGGUGAAGAAAUCUCAGAACUCCUUAAAGACUUCAACACGGCGAAAGAAGCGAACGUCCUUUAAAAGAAAAGCCAGCAAAAGAGGAAAUGAAGAUAACAAGGGCCGGCCUUUUGUGAUAAAGCCUAUCUCCUCUCCACUCAUGAAACCACUGCUGGUUUUUGUCAAUCCAAAAAGCGGAGGGAAUCAGGGCACCAAGGUUCUCCAAAUGUUUAUGUGGUAUUUGAAUCCACGCCAGGUGUUUGAUCUCUCUCAGGAAGGGCCAAGAGAUGCGCUGGAGCUGUACAGAAAAGUGCCAAACCUGAGGAUCCUGGCAUGUGGUGGGGAUGGAACGGUGGGCUGGAUCCUGUCCAUCCUUGAUGAGCUGCAACUCAGCCCCCCACCUCCUGUGGCUGUCCUUCCACUUGGCACUGGGAAUGACCUUGCUCGCACCCUCAACUGGGGUGGGGGUUACACAGAUGAGCCUGUGUCUAAGAUCCUGUGCCAUGUAGAAGAUGGAACCAUUGUCCAGCUGGACCGCUGGAAUCUUCAGGUUGAGCGCAACCCUGAUUUGCCCCAGGAUGAGCUGGAGGAUGGGGCACGUAAGCUUCCCCUCAAUGUCUUCAAUAAUUACUUCAGUCUUGGAUUUGAUGCACAUGUUACACUGGAGUUCCAUGAAUCCAGAGAAGCAAAUCCAGAGAAAUUCAACAGCCGAUUUAGAAAUAAAAUGUUUUAUGCAGGGGCAGCCUUUACAGACUUUCUGCAAAGAAGCUCAAGAGAUUUAUCCAAGCAUGUUAAAGUUGUGUGUGAUGGUACAGACCUGACUCCAAAGAUCCAGGAGCUGAAGUUCCAGUGUAUAGUGUUUUUAAACAUACCCAGGUAUUGUGCUGGCACAAUGCCCUGGGGGAACCCUGGUGACCACAGAGACUUUGAGCCCCAGCGUCAUGACGAUGGCUACAUUGAAGUCAUUGGGUUCACCAUGGCCUCGCUGGCUGCUCUGCAGGUGGGAGGUCACGGAGAGAGGCUGCACCAGUGCCGGGAGGUGACGCUUUUGACGUACAAGUCAAUCCCCAUGCAAGUGGAUGGCGAACCCUGUCGGUUGGCUCCCUCCCUCAUCCGGAUCUCCCUGAGGAACCAAGCCAACAUGGUGCAGAAAAGCAAGAGGAGAACGUCUAUGCCUUUGCUGAAUGAUCCUCACUCCAUCCCAGAUCGCCUGCGGAUCAGAGUGAACAGGAUUAAUUUACAAGAAUACGAGGGGCUACAUUACGACAAGGAAAAGCUCCGGGAAGCUUCCAUUCCCCUCGGAAUCAUAGUUGUACGAGGAGAUUGUGACUUGGAGACUUGUCGUAUGUACAUUGACCGUCUGCAAGAGGACCUACAGUCAGUAACAUCUGCUACACAGAGAGUUCAUUACCAGGACCAGGAAAGCUCUUUCCCCAGAGUGCUUUCUGUUCAGAGGCUCUCUCCUAGAUGGUGCUUCCUAGAUGCAACUUCUGCUGAUCGUUUUUACCGCAUUGACAGAUCUCAGGAACAUUUGCACUUUGUGACGGAAAUUUCACAGGAUGAAAUUUUUAUUCUGGACCCAGAGAUGGUAAUGUCUCAGCAGGUGGGGACGCCACCAGGAAUGCCUGACCUGGUAGUGGAGCAGGCAACUGGGGUAUCGGAUCGGUGGAACCCUGCGGUUCGGAAGAGGAUGCUGAGCGACAGCAGCCUUGGAAAGAUUUCUCCCCACUACGAGGUACCUGACAAACAAAAGGACGCCAGCCAGACACAUAUGCUGCAGUCACCAGUUUCUUCAGAAGAUCAAGCACUUUUACAGGCAGUCACAUCUGGGGAUCUACUGAAGUUCAUAGAAUGUUGUAAAAAAGGAGCCAAUUUGCUAAUCCAAGGACCUGAUCACUGCUCCCUGUUGCACUAUGCAGCCAAGACUGGGAACGGUGAGAUUGUGAAAUACAUCCUGGAGCAUGGUCCAUCUGAAUUACUGGACAUGACAGACAGUGAAACGGGUGAGACAGCAUUACAUAAGGCAGCCUGCCAGCGCCACCGCGCCGUCUGCCAGCUCCUGGUGGAUGCGGGAGCCUCUCUGAGAAAGACAGACUCCAAGGGUAAGACCCCUCGUGACAGGGCUCAGCAAGCUGGUGAUCCAGAUCUGGCCUCCUACCUGGAGACUCGACAAAACUAUCAAAUGGUUUCCCAUGAGGAUCUAGAGACAGCAGUCUGAUGCCUGAAAAUGUUCAAAAGGAUCCCUGGAAAUCCCGAGACUGCACCUGAGGUGCUCGGGCAUCGUGUGAGGAAGAACCUGAUGGAAUCCAUGUGUCUUUCACUCUCGAGGAAAGUACCUGAGGAUGUGCCACCAGUUUCUAAGGGCUACUAAGUCUUGCUGUGGAACAGUUAUGUUCCGUAAGUUAGCCCAUGAUGGAUGAGGUGGGACACUCAAAGGUCUGUGGAAUCCAUAGGCCACAAAAAUUUACCUUUAUUGCUUCCAGCAAGUAGCAUGAACUUCUCCCAUGUUCAUCUGUACAAUUUAUUAAAAAAAAAAAAAAAAAAAAAAGGAAUUAGUAAAGAGGGUGUGGGGGAACAAAAUCCAAACCAACUGGUCCAUUAAACCACCCAACCAGGCUCUCCUUCAUCCUUACAGUUUCCUGCAUUGCUUUUAUUCUCCUGUUCCACUCACUUCUCCUCAGUUAAAUAUUACCUGUUAUUGCUGUGUUGUCUUCAGAAAUGGUCAGGCAGUAGCAAAAUAUUUGCGGAGCUCUGGAUGCCCUUAAGAAAUAUCCAGUGUUUUUACCAGCUACAUCC